AUGGACCCGGCCGCCGCCCUUCUGGAGGCGACGGAGAGGAACGCGCGGGAGGCGCGGGAGGAGCGGGAGGCCGAGGCAAUGAGCGCGCCGCAGGCGGAGGCCGAGGCCGCGACCAAGGCGCGGGCGGAUGUGGCGGCCAAGGCGCAAGCGGAGGCCGACGCCAACGCUGCGGAGGACCCGACCCGGAACGUGGCCCCGGAUGCCGCCAACUUGCCAGUGGUGGAGGGCCAGACACCGACUGGGACAGCCGGAGCUAGCCAGACGGCCCCGGAACGGGAGUGGACUGACUCCGUCAUCCCGGAGGUGGAGGUGGCUCCGCACGCGCUGGAUGCUGGCGAGCGAGGCAGCAAGCCCGAAGGGCCGGAGUUGUCGCCAUCUAGCGCCGAGUUGGUGGUGAGCCGGGCCGUGACGACCCGCGCUUCCGCGCGCCAGCGUCCAGCGUGGGCGGAUUCUGUGCCGAGGCCGGCAGGUGCCGAGGACGCGAGCUCACACGUGGCCAACACCGAGUCCUCGAGCUCUGCCCCGGCUGGUUGGGCGCCAGGAGCCGGCCCGGGCGUGCUCAAAGUCACGGUGAAGGACGUCCUGGACCAGUUCAACACCCACGCCGCCACUCUCCUGACGGCCAGGAACGAGCUAUUGGCGAUACAGACUUCCGUCCGGGUCGCCACUCAGCUGCGAACACGCGUGGGCGAGCUCAAGACUGAGCUCCAGGCCAAGGAGCAGCAGCGCAGCCAGGCGGCCGUGGAGCGCGCCCGGCUUGCGAAGGAGCCGGCGGACCAGGCAGCCCAGCACAAGGAGGAGGUCCGGCAGCUGAAGGACGGGGAGACGCUCCUCAAGGCCGAGUUCGAGACUGAGCGCUCGGACUGGGACGAGUGGGAGAAGCUGAUGUCGGACAACUACGAGGUGAUCUAG